AUGCGUAAGAGCCAUCGAUCGCAGUCUAAAUUGGGCAAUGUAAGUGUCAGUGGUAGUGGUUUGAAUCCUCAAGCAUUAGCUGCGAUUUAUGGAGAAGAUUCAAGUGUAUCAGAUGAAGAAGAAGACGAGAAGAAGAAGAAGAGACGUUGUAAACAUUUUUCAACUUUUGAGAAGAAACGAAGGAGAAUUGAUAGAGAAGGUGGGAGUUUUAGUGAUGAUAAUGAUGACGAGGCACAGAAUCGACAAAAGAGCUCGUCGUCGUUGAAGAAGCACAGUCGUCACAGUCACUAUAAGAAGAGUCACAAGAUGAAGAAACACAAAAGCAGAAGAGCUGAUGGACGCGACUAA